CCGGGUAAUAUCGCGAUUGACACUUGUCUGGCUGAAAUAAUUACAAAUUUUAAUGUUAUCAACCGAGAAAAAAGAAUUUUGGAUAAUUUAUUAUGGGAGACACAGACUCUGCUAAUGAUCCAGAGCUCCAGGUCAAGAAAUUGCAGGAUUUAGUUAAGAAAUUGGAGCGACAAAAUGAACAGCUAAGGAACAAGACAAACCUUGACGAAAUCGGAAUGGAAACAACCAACUCGUCGGCAACGGAAAUAAGCAAACUGUCACGAUCGAACAGUGAAACAUUCACAAAAGACGUUAUGAACUUGAGUCUUGACACUGUCGAUGAAAUACAAGUAGACACAUUUGUGGACGGUGACGAAGAUACAUGGCUGUAUUCAUCACCAGCUAAGCCUCCUACUCCAGAGCAAAGAAAAGUUAGUCCAUAUAAAUGGGCAAGGCAAGAUUUUGAUAACCCUACCUCAGAUAUGGAAAAAGCUAGGAGAUCCCUAUAUGCAAGGUUAGAAGAAGUUACAAGAUUAAGUCGGAAUUUCAGUCCAUUCUCCAGUCCAGUUUCUAGUAGUAAACCUAUUGUAGUUUCACCAACUAAACCACCUGAGGUGAAUCCAGUACAAAGUUCAUCUCAGAUGUCUUCAAUAGCCCUGAAAGGUGGUGGUGAAGGGGGUGAACUUGCUGUUAACAGGUCACCAAGAGGUGAGGUUGCUGUUAAUAGGUCGCCAAGGAAGGAAAGGCAUGUAUUACCAGAUGAAGAACGGAUAGGCAUGAGUAAAUUAGAAGAUGUUACUGAUGUACAGAUAAUAGCUAGAAUGCAGGAAGAAAGUUUACGGAGAGCUAGUCUGAGAUCUCUCACCCCACCCCCACGUAGGAGAAUAUCUUUACCAUCAGGAGCUAACAGUGGUUUAAGACAAUCCACUCAGAAUUCAUCCCCUUCUUCAUCACCAAGAAGAGCUCAUCCUCAGUCACCUCAGCAAUUACAUCAACAACAACUUUAUCAACAACAACAACAACAACAACAACAACAACUCUAUCAUCAACAACAAAAACAACAACUCUAUCAACAACAACAACAAAUGCACCAUCAACAACAAAUUCAUCAACAACAACAACGGCAGCAUCGAGCACAUACUCAGAAAGCUCUUUCACCUAGACAGAGGCAGUAUGAGAAUGAGUUUGUUGGGGAGGACUAUGAACAUGAGCAAAAUACAGUGGUAUUUAGAAGGAGGCCAUCUUUAGAAAGAGUCAAGAAAAAUCCUGAUGGGGACGUCAAAAGAUAUAGUUUGGGUGCUUCCCUCUCCAACCACCAUGCAAUUACACCGGAUGAUUUAGCUAAUUUAAAUAUUGCAGACCAACACAAUAGGCAGAGGUCAUCACAUAGUGGAGGAGGAAGAAGACAGCCACCAUCACCACCCCCAACUGCUACGUCCCAUCCGCCAUCCCCACCCCAACCUGCCCAGUACCACCCUCCAAUCCCACCCCCACAUGCUCAUCCUCAAUUAUAUCUCCAGCAUGAAGAAAAUCAUAUCCAUGAUUCAAGACUUCGGCAACCUUCGCAUGUUUCUCAUCUAAAAGCUCCUUCACCUACCAAGUUACGAACAAGUUCACCUCAUCGUAGCGGUAUACCUGUACGCAGUGGUGAACUUUCACCCCAGCGUAGUAGUUCAUUACCCCGACCUGUAUCAAGUCAUGGUAAUCUACACAAGUCACGUAAAGGUCAACCCACUAAUCAUAGUAGAAGCACUUCCAUUCCAAGACAAGCAGCAAAUGCAAACAGAAUAAGAGAUGAAACUUGGAAAGAAGGAUGUUUUUAGAUUCACUUUGCAAUGUACAAUGCUCAUUUUAUUCUCACAAUGUGUGACCUGUUUGCUACCCCUAAGUCUUAGUGUAUGUAUUUGAUGAAUUACAAAUUGUGUAAUGUAGCUGUGUAAUGUGGGAUAGCUAAUUGAUGAGUCACACACCUUCUGGGCAUGCUUUAAAUGGUAUGAAUUUCUUAGCUGUGUAAUGUGGGAUAGCUAAUUGAUGAGUCACACACCUUCUGGGCAUGCUUUAAAUGGUAUGAAUUUCUUUCUGGAAAUUUGAACUAGCCCAGAAUUUAAUAAUUCAUCUAAUAUGUUUGAAUGAGUAAUGGAGCAUUCAUUUAAGAAAUCUCGCAGAGAACAUGUUAGCUUAUCAAAAUUGUCACUGGCCAGAAUACAAACAAUUGAUUUGAAAUCCCUAUUGGCCAACCAAUUAUAAUUUUCUAUUUACUCUCUCUUUAUACAAAUCUAAUUUUAUGACAUUUUAUUACAACCACUGUUGGGUGAGUGAGAAAUGAUGUACAAUAUUUAACAA